UAAUUUUUCUUUCUUUUCGUUUUUUUUGGUCGCUAGGAAGAAACUUUGAGAAGAGGCCGCGUCGAAGUGAGAUCUGCUCUAGCGCGACGCGAUGGCUCAGGGGCAGGGCGAAUCGGAGGCGGCAGCGGCGGCGGCAGCAGAGGCAGUGACGGGACAGCAGCAGCAGCAAAAGGGUUACGCGGUGGAGUUGUACUUCGAUCCGGCGCUGGAGAACCAGGUGCUGAAGGCGUGGAACGUCCUCGCCCGCCGCCAGAUCAGCACCAAACUCAUCGAGAUCUCAGCCCGCCCCCAUCUCACCCUUCUCUCCGUUCCUUCCCUCGAUCCGCUCCGCCUCCAGCUCCCCAUCCGAACCCUCGCCGCCCGCCUCGACCCCCUCCCCCUCUCCCUUUCAUCCGUCGGCGCCUUCCCUUCCACCUCCCCCUCAGACGCCGGAAAAGGAGGAGGAGGCGUGCUAUUCCUCGCCCCUACCCCAUCCGCCGCCCUCCUCCACCUCCACUCCCAGGUGUGCGACGCCCUUCGCAAGGAAGGGAUCGAACCGCCCGAGGAGUUCCGCCCUGAUUCCUGGGUUCCACAUUGCUCCGUCGCCCAGGAUGUGCCACGGAACCGCAUCGCUGACGCUUUCUGCAUCCUUCGGGACCUCAAGCUGCCUGUCUCCGGGUACGCCAUGGACAUCGGACUCGUCGAGUUCUCCCCUGUGCAGGAGAUAUUCUCCUUCCCUCUCGGAAGCAAUUCUGAAUCUUGAGGUAAACAUUUGAAGGGCAUCAACAAUUCGGGCAGGUAGAAAGAGCUGCGAGUACAUCAUUUUGGUGUUUACUUUUGUGGGGCUUAUUCUUCUAAUCCAGUAUUUAUUCAAGCCAUAAAAAUGAAUAGGAAUAUUUGAUCUUCUUGAAUGAUGUAUGAAGUGUUCAACUUAUCUUGAUUAGGUUUCCUGCAAGCAUUUGUAUGCCACUAAAUUGGUGUCUUGUACCAGUUCUCUGUUUAUACAAUUUAGAGGCAAUGAUCAAUUUGCUGUCUAAAAUAUAAUCAUUUCUUUAUGCUGAUGAUAAAAUAAAUAAAUAUAGAGCACAAAAUGUACUUUCACUGAAUCUGAGAGUUAUUUAUUUCUUUGUAAUGUUAUGUCAAAACACAGAUAUACAAGUUCAUACAAAAUUAAGGAAAUUAAUUUUUUAAACCUAUAAACAAUUACCUGAAAUUAUUCGUUGUAGUUAAAGAGUUUACAUAAAUAAAAUUAACGAAAAGAUUCAUGGAAUGGUUAGUCUUUUUUAAAUAAAGAAUAGCAUUUCAGUUUAUGUGAGAAGGCCAAUAAUUGUUCUUAGACUUCUAUCAAUGAAAGUCUACAAAAUAGGGGUGGAUACCAUAAAAAAAAAAAUUUUAAACCGAAACUAAACUGAACAAUUCAAUCAAGAUUCAAAAUCGAAUUGCUACUCCAAUAUGAUUUAAUUUCUUGAAUUGAUGUGUUAUUUUUUAGUAGUAAAUUGACAUGUUUUAGGUUUAUUUUAUGAUCCUAAACCUAACAAAACUGGAUUAACACUAAAAUUCCUAAGCAUCUUAAUUAUAAUGUCAGACCAAGUCUUAGAGAUGGAGACAAUCACUGGUAUAAAGAUUCUCACAUAUCUCUGUGCCAAGUUCCAGUGUGUUCUUUUGUCCUAUUUUUCCCAAAUGAUUGUUUGUUCUUGAAUUGGCCUCAACUUCGAUUUGCUUCAGCUAUUUUUCCCAAUUGAAUUGGCCUCCAUUGUUCUUGAAUUGUCCUAUUUUGAGAUCAUAUUGGAUUCUAGAUGAUGAGAUCAUAUUGCAAUGUUUAUGUUCUAAUUCAUCUCCUUCCUCCUCAUCCAUCACAUUGCCAAUUGGCUCGUUCUGCCUAAUUUGUUCAUAUAUUAUAAUCGCGUAAAGAGCUUUGAGCCAGUCUCUGCCUCCUUUCUCAUUAAAUAAGACAAUCAAAGCAGCGCAAGGCAUGCAGCAGCUGCAGUCGGUCGAAUGCUCCGUUCUUCCUUAGGCAUGCAGUUUCCUCCGUCAGGAGAAGGGAAGCAGUAGGAGAAGGAGCGAUGGGAAACUGCCAGACAGCCGCCGAUGCGGCGGCGGUGGUGAUCCAACACCCCGGAGGGAAGGUGGAGAGGCUGCACUGCCCGACGAUCGCCGCGGAGGUCAUGAGGAGCAACCCGGGCCACCGUGUGGCCCUCGUCACGCUCUGCGCCCCGGCGGAGGAGCGGCAGGACGGCGGUCGGGUCACCAGGGUGAGGCUGCUCGGUGCCAAGGACGUGCUCCUGCUCGGCCGGGUUUACCGGCUCGUCACCUCCCAAGAAAUCGCAAAGGCUCACGAGAAACUGAAGAAGAGCCGAGCUGAAUUGGUGAGGAAACAGGGACACGAGCAACAGAUAAGAGAAGGAACAGGAGAGGAUUCAGAAACAAGAUGUGAGAUAGCAAAGCAAGAGAGGGGUGGGCAGAGGACCAUCACAGAGGUUAAAGUGAGAGGGAGACAUUGGCGCCCUUCUCUUCAGAUCAUCUCAGAAAUGUCGAGCUGAUUGUGUGUUUACAGUGACCAUGAACAUAUGAAAAUAUUGUUGUUGAGAUGAAGACUUGUAAUUUGAAGCAUCUUAUUGGAGGAAAUGAUUUAUUUUCUGAA